GCACUCCCUGCUAAGAAAUAUGAAUUGUGAAGAUGAACGAUGCCAAUGCACACGACUGGAGGAUCGGCAUGUCGUUAUGCAAUAUUUGACACGGGGAUAUCCGCUUGCGAUCGUAAAAUGCCAACCGUGAAUCAGCAUUCGUUUCUCCACCCUGCAGGAAGACAUUGGUAAGAUUUGGCUGGCUGCUUAUUUUGACUCCCGAUGAGCAGAGCGAGACACUGGUGUAGCAAUGGCUUAGUCAGGCUGCAAGGUUGGGAUCUCCAGCGAGGCAGAGGAGAUUCAAUUGUUUAUGUGUAGUCGAUAUGUCACGAGUGGCGAUUUGCUGACAGCGGGAAGAUGUGGAACAAGGUCAAAUGUGGACGUAGGAGUGGAUCUUCUAUCCGUGCUGUCAGCCGCAGUGAGGGAGCAUCCGUGUUGCUUCCUCCCACGGGGGGCUGGCUGUGCACGAAGCAGCUUGCCAGGUGAAGGAUGCCCAUGAAUUAUUCAGACGCAUGCAGCAUACGAUCGUCGUGGCAGACAAUAAGGAUCUGGGGGUUGUGUGGUUCCUCCGUGCACGAGGUGAGGGAUGGAGACUAGAGAGUUGGCUGUGGUCGCUGGUAGCUUUGUAGGUUUCCAGUUCUUCUUCUCGGUGGCCAGUCCUUUACUCUCUUCAGCCAUCUCACCAUGUUAUCGAUUGCUGCCUCCCACCAAGCACACAGAGUGGAACUCACGGUUGGUGUCGACGGUCCACGCUCUGAUCGUGGGAUUCUUUUGUUUGUACAUCUUAUGCUUCGAUGAGGCCGUCAACACCAAUCCUGUCUGGGGCGACCCAAGUAUGGUUAAAUUAAAUGUAGCUAUUACCUGUGGCUACCUACUGUACGAUUUGUUGCUGCUCGCAUGUAAUUGGAGCACCAUGGGGGACAGAUUUUUUGUUUGUCACCACCUGGCGGCGCUAUAUGCAUAUGGUUACGUGCUGACACGCGGCGUGCUGCCCUACUUUGCCAACUUUCGUCUCAUUUCUGAACUAUCCACACCUUUUGUGAAUCAAAGGUGGUUCUUUGAAGCAUUAAAAUACCCCCGCUCAAACCGAAUGGUCGUGGUAAAUGGCGUCGCGAUGGCCGUGGUCUUCUUCCUGGUGCGGAUCGCCGUCAUGCCGUCCUAUUGGGCAAGCGUAUUUGCCACAUUUGGCACCGAAGACUUUGAGCGCUUGGGCUUGGGUGCCCAGGUAGCCUGGAUCACCUCCUGCGUGGCCCUGGACAUCUUGAACACUAUCUGGAUGUUUAAGAUCACACGAGGUUGCUACAAGGUACUGGCCGGAUCCAAAGCGCCGAAAGAAAAAGAGGACAAGAAAAAGCAUGCCAACAACCACACGGACUGAACGAACAGUCGUUUGCAAACUCGGAGGGAACGGCUCCACCCUCAAAAACCUGAACCUCAGCCCUGGAUCUUCCUCAAGUUGGCCAGUAGAAGGGGCUGCAAGUCCUCAGGUUGGAACCCGAAGACGAGACAUGGGGACUCAAUCAAGCACCAGCCUUGGCAGCCUCAGCGGCAGAUUAGCAUCCUGCUGCUUUUUGUUGCAGACGAUGAGCUCACGAGCACAUUUUUAAACCUGCCGGCCAUUUUUUUUUUUUUUUUUUUCACUGCUUUCAUUCUCAUGACCUCAUUUUUUUUUUUUUGGCGUCUCCUCUCACAUCAGCCAAAAGCCCAAUCCUCUGAAGUGCCUGUGAACGACAGGAAAAGCAAUAGGCUAAUCACGCUUCAAUUGAAUCACAAUUAAUUGUUCGAUCCUUCCCACUAUGCUGGCCCUUUUCUAUUUGCAGGAGAUGUAGCACUUGAGGCCCCUCGACGUAGUUUGUGAAUUGACAGGGCUCUUGUCUUAAACACACCAGACCUCAAGUAAAAAAAAAAAAAAAAAAAGGAACAACACCGUAAUGCCUCGUCUACAGUGUUUCCUGCUGUGGCCAUUUUGUACCACUCACCAGUCAUGGCCCUCAUAUUUAAACCAAUUGGAUAUACCAAUUUAAAAAAUGUCAUAUAUGAGAGCAUCACAGCAGACAUUUGUAGCUUUUUUUAAGCCCUCUUUGUGCUCUAAUUUUUGUAUAGCUUCAAGCCAUGGACAGUCUGUUCGAUUCAUCACAACAUUUGCCUCACUGGAUUGGGCUUCUCUGUCCAGCCUGAACUUCCAUUUUAGUUCUUUUUGUUCGACCUCCAUGUUUCAUCCUUCCCUUGCCUUACGACAUGAGCAAGCUCCCCCCCCCCCCCUCCCCGUAUCGCUACUGUGAAUGUAGUCUUUGAAAUGAUAUCUUGGGUGAUAUCACCAGUUGAGAAGGCCUCCGAGCUUUUCUUCACCCGUCUCUCGAGCCAACCAUCUGUAAAGGUUGUCCCAGUCAGUGGCAGAAAAAAAAAAAAAAGAUGUGCUGAAGGAACCGGUGCGCUCUGGAAGCUUUUUAUACAGCCAGGUUUCAUCUCUCAGUAACUCUGAGUAUGGCUGAACUUUUUUUUUUUCUCUCCAAGUUUUAUAUUAUUUUCAGGAGGGGGAGGGGGGGCAAUUUCACUAAGCAAUAUCAUUUCUUUUAGAGUUCCUCAAUAUUCUUUCAUCUAAAACCAAGUGGAACUCUUAAGAAUUCAAUCACAGGCAAUGUGGCAUUCAGCAUGUUGGUAUUUUUCUUUCUGUAAAGCAUGAUAGCAUUAGCCUCAUUCCCACUAAAUAGUAUGCAGCACUUAGUAGCAUUCAAAUCGCUAAAUCCAAGCUUGGAGCUUGAGCUACAUCCAACCAGCGUGAUAUUAUUCCUCUCAAUGAAACCCUGGCAUUGAAACAAGAGCUGGGAGUUUGCCACUUAAUUAAACAAGAAAAUAAAAAGUGUGCUGACAGUAGCCAUAAACAAGCGGCACACCUCGUAUUAUUAUUAUUAUUUUAUAAAUGGCGCUUUCAAUUCAUUCCAUUGUAACACGAAAAGAACUUCCAAGGCAUCAUCACCGCCUGGGACUUUUUUUUUUUUUUUUUUAAAUGAAAAUGGAUACAGCCAAGUGGAAAUGAGGCUCUCGCUAUAUUUGUGACGCCUUAGAGGAAAAAGUCAGUAUAGAUGAACGGCAUCUAUACGCAAAUUGCACCUUGAACAUAGUGAAUGCAUGUACUUGUAUGAUUCCUUUCAGCUCCCCCCGCAUGUCUUUCUCUCCACGCACAGUAGCUAAACAGGUAGCUAAACCUUUGAGUGGCUCAUGUGAUUUCCCAUUCGACCGGGGCCAGGCGUGGACGUCCUCUUGCAUGUUUCCUUUUUCGACAUACUAGAGCUAUUUCUCAGUGGAUGGACAGUGGGAGAACUUGUUUUUGCUGUAGAACUAAAAAAGAGAGAGAGAGAGAAAAGCACACUCCCCGUGGAGCAAUAACUCUUGACCUCCUGGAUUUUCUGUCCGUCACCACAGAGGAGAGGCUGACACAUCCGGUGCCUUUUACAGAAACGCGGACUCACAUUUUUUGAUAAGCAUGAGCUUUCUAAUAUCCUCUGGUAUGAUUGUCAUUUACGUACUCCUCUGUAUUCCACGUGUAUACUCGAUGUAUAUUUUUAUAAUAUGCCUGCACAAUGAUUAAUCCGGCCAAGUAUUAAUAUAAUCCAAAGAUGAUCAGGGAGGAUGUCAUGUUGGCCUCUUCACUACUGGCACGGACGGCCGCAUCAUCAUGAAUGUUGUCGUGAGCGGCAUUAACGGCGUGAUGAGGAAUGGAAUAUUUAUUUUCUGGGACAUGAGGUAAUGAAACGGCAGGCUAACGUCUCACUACGUUGGCCUCCUCAAAGCUGUGAACUCGUAGCGCUGCGUGGAAAACUACAAACGGAGAUUUGCCCAGGUGACCUGGACACGUGGGGGCAUGCUGGGAUUUUGGCUUGUGCACAAAGUCAAACCAGAUUUGUUGUCAGGGUUUUUCUUUCUUUCCUUUGGUGGUUUUAAUAUCAAACAGCUGUUGGAACUGGUCAAAAAUGAAUUGUUUUCCCAAAAGGCUGCUUAUGAUGUUAACUCAUUGACUACCAUUGACGGUUAUAGACGUCAACGAUGAACUGGAUUGGUAGUGAAUGAGUUAAGUGUGUGUACUUGUUUUAUCAGGUUUAAAAACCACUUUGCCUUUAUUAUUUUUUGGGGGGGAGGCCAACGUUGUAACCACAUGGGAGAUAUGGUAAGGAGUGUAUUUCAGGAUAAUGCAGUAGAUGGAAAAUGAAUCGGACAUUGCACCGUUCUAAUUUUUGAUUAUUUCGGCUGGAUGCUAAUUGACUCCAUGUUUUUUUUUUUGUCUUUGGCUUAAUAAGGUAGUAGGUACUUAAAUGAUCUUGAGAUUUUGCCUGUUUUUUUUUUCAAACAAUUUUGUUUUUUUGUCUUCAGUGGAUGACAUUGAACAACUUGAAUUACAAAGUCGCAAUCAGGACGUUUGUCAGAAGCUCGGAAAUAAUCAACCCUCUAACUGGAAAUAACUGACAAAUCAAUUUAACACUUUUAACAACUUGCCAUUGUGUCUUGUUUUUUCUUUUUGUCUCAUCGCCUUUUUUUAAUGGAAUGCCUUUUGUUUUUUAUUUGUUCCUCCAGACCUUUUUUUUUUUUUUUUUUUCCGGUGAGCCAGCCGAGACCACACAGAGGCUUUUCUGGGAUUCCUUUCUCGAUGACAUAAACAUGUAAUGGUUGUUAUCAACAAUAACCAUGUACAUAAUUGUGAGAUGAAAACAUGAGAUUUACUUGAAAGUGUUCUUCAAUAAACUUGAAGACAAAAACUAA